AUGUCAGAAAAUUUGAAAAACAUCCUGGAGGAAUGGAAAGGUCUGGAAGAAGAGUAUCAGCAACUUCAGGAGACACACAGAAUGUAUUUAAAGAAACUGGAUGAACUUUCCAAACUGCAAAACAACUGCUCUUCCUCUAUCUCCCGUCAGAGGACAAGACUGAAUGAGAUAUCCCAACUGGUGAAAAACAAAGGGUCAUCAGAAGAAGAUGCCAGGAUUCUGGAUGACAUAAAAGAGAAAAUCAAGAUUCGACCAAAUGCUUUCUUUCAGAUGGAGGCUUUCCUUCCCAAGAAAAAUAGCCUAUACCUCAGUCUGGUUCUUGGAAAUGUGAAUGUCACGCUUUUCAACAAGCAGUCAAAAUUUGCUUACAAAGAUGAAUAUGAGAAGUUCAAGCUGUGCCUCACAGUCCUUCUGCUGCUGUUCUCCUUCAUUUGCUAUUUCUUUGUGAGCUACAGAUUUUCUGACGUAAUCCUCAAUUUUCUGCUGGUGUGGUACUAUUGUACCUUAACUAUCAGGGAGAGUAUCCUCAUCACCAAUGGCUCCAGAAUCAAAGGUUGGUGGGUUUUUCAUCACUACAUAUCAGCGGUUUUGUCCAGUGUAAUGCUGACUUGGCCAGAGGGAAACCUGUACCACAUGUUCAGGAACCAGUUCCUCGCCUACUCUCUGUAUCAAAGUUUCGUUCAGUGUCUGCAGUGCUAUUAUCAGAGCGGAUGUCUGUACAGACUGCGAGCCCUGGGAGAAAGACACAACAUGGAUCUGACUGUUGAGGGAUUUCAGUCCUGGAUGUGGAAAGGGCUGACGUUUCUUUUACCCUUCCUGUUUUUUGGUCAUUUCUGGCAGCUCUUCAACGGGCUGUCUCUAUUCAGAAUGGCUCAGCUCCCAGAGUGUAAAGAAUGGCAGGUCAGUGUGUGUGGGCUCUGCUUCCUUAUUCUCUUCGCGGGAAACUUCUUCACCACUGUUGCAGUCGUUCGUCAGAAGUUAAAAACCAGGAAUCAGAAGCCAAAGAGCCUGUGA